CCUGCCCCGUUCCCUGCCGGCGGCUGCCUGGGCGCUUCCUAGUCGGCGCGGGCGGCCGCCCAGGCGAGGUACGGCCUCCGCUCAGGCGGGGGGCGUCGGCGCCGCGGGACCCCGCCAUGGCCGCGUCCGAGCUCUACACAAAGUUUGCCAGAGUUUGGAUACCUGAUCCUGAGGAAGUUUGGAAGUCAGCAGAGCUGCUCAAAGAUUAUAAACCAGGAGAUAAAGUCCUCCUGCUUCGCCUUGAGGAAGGAAAGGAGUUGGAAUAUCGUCUAGAUCCAAAGACCAAGGAACUGCCUCAUUUGAGAAACCCUGACAUACUUGUGGGUGAAAAUGACCUCACAGCCCUCAGCUAUCUUCAUGAGCCUGCUGUGCUCCACAAUCUCAGAGUCCGCUUUAUUGACUCCAAACUUAUUUAUACAUAUUGUGGUAUAGUCCUAGUAGCUAUAAAUCCUUAUGAACAGCUGCCUAUUUAUGGAGAAGAUAUUAUUAAUGCAUAUAGUGGUCAGAAUAUGGGUGACAUGGAUCCGCAUAUCUUUGCAGUAGCUGAAGAAGCUUACAAGCAAAUGGCCAGAGAUGAACGAAAUCAGUCCAUCAUUGUAAGUGGAGAGUCUGGGGCAGGAAAAACAGUCUCAGCUAAGUAUGCCAUGCGAUACUUUGCAACCGUGAGUGGUUCUGCCAGUGAAGCCAAUGUUGAGGAGAAGGUCUUGGCCUCCAACCCCAUCAUGGAGUCCAUUGGAAAUGCUAAGACAACCCGGAAUGAUAACAGCAGCCGUUUUGGGAAGUAUAUUGAAAUUGGUUUUGAUAAGAGAUACCGAAUCAUUGGUGCCAAUAUGAGAACUUACCUUUUAGAGAAAUCCAGAGUGGUAUUCCAGGCAGAAGAGGAGAGAAACUAUCAUAUCUUCUACCAGCUUUGUGCUUCAGCAAAGUUACCUGAAUUUAAAAUGCUGCGAUUAGGAAAUGCAAAUAACUUUCAUUACACGAAGCAAGGUGGCAGUCCUGUGAUUGAAGGAGUUGAUGAUACCAAGGAGAUGGCACAUACCAGGCAGGCCUGCACUCUGCUAGGAAUUAGUGAGUCUUAUCAGAUGGGAAUUUUCCGAAUACUUGCUGGCAUCCUUCACUUAGGCAAUGUUGCAUUUACAUCUCGGGAUUCAGACAGCUGCACGAUACCUCCCAAGCAUGAACCUCUCAGCAUCUUCUCUGACCUUAUGGGCGUAGACUAUGAGGAGAUGUGUCACUGGCUCUGCCAUCGGAAACUGGCUACUGCCACAGAGACAUACAUCAAGCCCAUCUCUAAGCUGCAGGCUACGAAUGCCCGUGAUGCUUUGGCCAAGCACAUUUAUGCCAAGCUCUUUAGCUGGAUCGUAGAUCAUGUCAAUCAGGCCCUCCAUUCUGCUGUCAAACAGCACUCUUUUAUUGGAGUGCUGGACAUAUAUGGAUUUGAAACAUUUGAGAUAAAUAGUUUUGAACAGUUUUGCAUAAAUUAUGCAAAUGAAAAACUACAGCAACAAUUCAAUAUGCAUGUCUUCAAAUUAGAACAGGAAGAAUAUAUGAAGGAACAAAUUCCCUGGACACUCAUAGAUUUUUAUGAUAAUCAACCUUGCAUUAAUCUUAUAGAAUCUAAACUGGGCAUUCUAGAUUUGCUGGAUGAAGAAUGCAAGAUGCCCAAAGGCACAGAUGACACUUGGGCCCAAAAAUUGUACAACACACAUUUGAACAAAUGUGCGCUCUUUGAAAAGCCCCGUCUAUCGAACAAAGCUUUCAUCAUCCAACAUUUUGCUGACAAAGUGGAAUACCAGUGUGAAGGCUUUCUGGAAAAGAAUAAAGACACUGUUUUUGAAGAACAAAUUAAAGUUCUGAAAUCCAGCAAGUUUAAGAUGCUACCAGAAUUAUUUCAAGAUGAUGAGAAGGCCAUCAGUCCAACAUCAGCCACUUCAUCAGGACGCACACCCCUCACCCGCACUCCAGCAAAGCCCACCAAAGGCAGACCCGGCCAGACAGCCAAAGAGCACAAGAAAACAGUGGGGCACCAGUUCCGAAACUCCCUUCACCUGCUAAUGGAGACCCUCAAUGCUACUACUCCUCACUAUGUGCGCUGCAUUAAGCCCAAUGACUUCAAGUUUCCAUUCACGUUUGAUGAGAAGAGGGCGGUGCAGCAGCUGAGAGCAUGUGGUGUCCUGGAAACCAUCCGCAUCAGUGCAGCGGGCUUCCCCUCACGGUGGACCUACCAAGAAUUUUUCAGCCGCUACCGUGUCCUAAUGAAGCAAAAGGAUGUGCUGAGUGACAGAAAGCAAACAUGCAAGAAUGUGUUAGAGAAACUGAUACUGGACAAGGACAAAUACCAGUUUGGUAAGACAAAGAUCUUUUUCCGUGCUGGUCAAGUGGCCUACCUAGAAAAACUGAGAGCAGACAAGCUGCGGGCGGCCUGCAUUCGGAUCCAGAAGACUAUCCGAGGCUGGCUGCUGCGAAAGAAGUACCUGCGCAUGCGCAAGGCGGCCAUCACCGUGCAGAGACACGUGCGAGGCUACCAGGCCCGAUGCUAUGCUAAGUUCCUACGCAGAACCAAGGCAGCAACCAUUAUUCAGAAGUACUGGCGCAUGUAUAUAGUCCGCAAGAGAUACAAGAUAAGACGAUCAGCCACUAUUGUUCUUCAGUCUUAUUUGCGAGGCUACUUGGCCAGAAAUAGAUAUCAUAAGAUGCUCCGUGAACACAAAGCAGUUAUCAUUCAGAAGUGGGUGCGGGGCUGGCUGGCUCGCACGCACUACAGGAGGAGCACGCAAGCCAUCAUCUACCUCCAGUGCUGCUUCCGGCGGAUGAUGGCCAAGCGCGAGCUGAAGAAGCUCAAGAUCGAGGCCCGCUCCGUGGAGCGCUACAAGAAGCUGCACAUUGGCAUGGAGAACAAGAUCAUGCAGCUGCAACGCAAAGUGGAUGAGCAGAACAAAGAUUACAAAUGCCUCAUGGAGAAACUGACCAACCUGGAGGGAAUAUACACCUCUGAGACUGAGAAACUACGAAGUGACUUAGAGCGUCUCCAGCUAAGUGAGGAGGAAGCCAAGGUUGCUACCGGACGGGUCCUCAGUCUGCAGGAGGAAAUUGCCAAGCUCCGGAAAGACCUGGAACAAACUCAGUCAGAGAAAAAAUCCAUUGAGGAGCGUGCAGAUAAAUACAAACAGGAAACCGAGCAGCUGGUAUCAAGUCUGAAGGAAGAAAAUACUUUGCUGAAGCAGGAAAAAGAGACCCUCAAUCAUCUUAUCGUGGAGCAGGCUAAGGAGAUGACAGAGACUAUGGAGAAGAAGUUAGUAGAAGAAACGAAACAACUGGAACUCGAUCUUAAUGAUGAGAGGCUGAGAUACCAGAACCUUCUGAAUGAGUUCAGUCGCUUAGAAGAACGAUAUGAUGACCUCAAGGAAGAGAUGACUCUGAUGGUGAAUGUGCCCAAGCCUGGACACAAGAGAACAGACUCCACCCAUAGCAGCAAUGAGUCCGAAUACACCUUUAGCUCUGAAAUCGCAGAAACCGAAGAUAUGCCAUUGAGGACAGAGGAGCCAAGUGAGAAGAAGGUGCCUCUGGACAUGUCACUGUUCCUCAAGCUUCAGAAGAGGGUCACAGAGCUGGAGCAGGAGAAGCAGGUGAUGCAGGAUGAGCUGGACCGCAAGGAGGAGCAGGUGCUACGCAGCAAAGCCAAGGAAGAAGAAAGACCACAAAUUAGAGGUGCAGAACUGGAAUAUGAGUCACUCAAGCGUCAAGAGCUGGAAUCAGAAAAUAAAAAACUGAAAAAUGAGCUAAAUGAGCUACGCAAGGCCCUUAGUGAGAAAAGUGCCCCAGAGGUGACUGCUCCAGGCGCACCAGCUUACCGUGUCCUCAUGGAGCAGCUGACCUCCGUGAGUGAGGAGCUUGAUGUCCGCAAGGAGGAAGUCCUCAUCUUGAGGUCUCAGCUGGUGAGCCAGAAGGAGGCCAUCCAACCCAAGAACACAAUGACAGAUUCCACAAUACUUUUGGAAGAUGUACAAAAAAUGAAAGAUAAGGGUGAAAUAGCCCAAGCAUACAUUGGUUUGAAAGAAACGAACAGACUCCCUGCUAUGGACUGCCAUGAGUUGAAUGAGGAUGGAGAGCUGUGGCUGGUUUAUGAAGGCUUAAAACAAGCCAACAGGCUCCUGGAAUCCCAGCUGCAGUCCCAGAAGAGGAGCCACGAGAAUGAGGCAGAAGCCCUUCGCGGGGAGAUCCAGAGCCUGAAGGAGGAGAACAACCGGCAGCAGCAGUUGCUGGCCCAGAACCUGCAGCUGCCCCCGGAGGCCCGCAUCGAGGCCAGCCUGCAGCACGAGAUCACCAGGCUAACCAACGAGAACUUGUAUUUUGAGGAAUUAUAUGCAGAUGACCCUAAGAAGUAUCAGUCCUAUCGGAUUUCACUUUACAAACGGAUGAUUGAUCUAAUGGAACAACUUGAAAAACAAGAUAAGACUGUUCGGAAACUGAAAAAACAACUGAAAGUAUUUGCCAAAAAAAUUGGUGAACUAGAAGUGGGCCAGAUGGAGAACAUAUCACCAGGACAGAUCAUUGAUGAACCCAUCCGUCCAGUCAACAUUCCCAGGAAAGAAAAGGAUUUCCAAGGAAUGCUGGAAUACAAGAAGGAGGAUGAACAAAAGCUUGUUAAGAACCUGAUUUUGGAACUGAAGCCACGUGGUGUGGCAGUCAACUUGAUUCCAGGGUUACCAGCGUAUAUCCUGUUCAUGUGUGUCCGACAUGCUGACUAUCUGAAUGAUGAUCAGAAAGUAAGGUCGUUGCUAACAUCAACAAUUAACAGCAUCAAAAAAGUAUUAAAGAAAAGAGGUGAUGAUUUCGAAACUGUCUCCUUCUGGCUCUCUAACACAUGCCGAUUUUUGCACUGUUUGAAGCAGUACAGUGGGGAAGAGGGCUUUAUGAAACACAACACAUCUCGCCAGAACGAACACUGCCUCACCAAUUUUGACCUGGCAGAGUACCGGCAGGUGCUAAGUGACUUGGCUAUUCAGAUCUACCAGCAACUUGUGCGGGUGUUAGAGAAUAUCCUUCAGCCCAUGAUUGUCUCCGGCAUGCUGGAGCAUGAAACCAUUCAGGGCGUGUCUGGGGUGAAGCCCACAGGGCUAAGAAAGCGAACCUCCAGCAUCGCGGAUGAGGGCACCUACACACUGGACUCCAUCCUCCGGCAGCUCAACUCCUUCCACUCGGUCCUGUGUCAGCACGGCAUGGACCCUGAACUGAUCAAGCAGGUGGUCAAGCAAAUGUUCUACAUCGUGGGGGCCGUCACCCUGAACAACCUCCUGCUGCGCAAGGACAUGUGCUCCUGGAGUAAAGGCAUGCAGAUCAGGUACAAUGUCAGUCAGCUGGAAGAAUGGCUGCGCGACAAGAACCUGAUGAAUAGCGGGGCUAAGGAAACCCUGGAACCGCUCAUUCAGGCUGCUCAGCUCUUGCAAGUGAAAAAGAAGACAGAUGACGAUGCAGAAGCCAUUUGUUCCAUGUGCAGUGCUCUAACUACUGCCCAGAUUGUCAAAGUGUUGAAUUUGUAUACUCCAGUUAAUGAGUUUGAAGAAAGAGUCUCUGUAUCGUUUAUUCGUACUAUACAGAUGCGUUUACGAGACAGGAAAGACUCGCCUCAGCUGCUCAUGGAUGCUAAACACAUCUUUCCUGUCACCUUUCCUUUCAACCCAUCCUCCCUCGCCCUGGAAACCAUCCAGAUUCCAGCCAGCCUGGGCCUGGGAUUCAUAUCACGGGUCUGAAAGUGACGCGAUGCCAAGGCAAACAGGGACAGUAAGAACCCAUUAUUUCCAGUGAGCUACUGAACAGACAUUUUUAAAGAGACAGCACUACUUAUCUUUCCAAUGAGAAGUUAUUAACUGGAAAUCUCCCUGAACACUUUCAUCACCUGGGGAUGAACGAUAGGCUUCUUUGUGCCGUGUUACCUUAAUAGCAACACUUAGCCUGGACCAGUUAGGUAUCCCGGGGUACAUGCAGGUGAAUGACAGAAGGAGGGGGGAUUUGCUUUAGUCCUUAGCACUGCAUCUGAGUGGUAUGGUAAACAUGUAAAUUCCAGGUAUGAGUGUUGUUAGGAAAGCACCCACAAGGAGCCUCCCCGGCGCGGACCAGAAGAAUUGAAAGAAAAAUUGCCAUUGAGUACAUAUCAUAUCAGUUCAGGAAUCAGUUAUGUUGAUGUUGUCAAAGUUGAUCAAAGAAAUAAACUGGCAAUAUGUAAAGUA